AUGGUUUGUGGCAUUGGUGUGGAAGAGGGGUUAACUAAGGAGUUUGCUAAAAAACUUAAUUGCCUUAGUCAGAAAUUACCUCUUACAUAUCUAAGUUUACCUUUAGGGGCAAAUCCAAGGAGAAGCAAUACUUGGAAACCAGUGGUGGAAAAGUAUAAGAAGAAAUUAGCAUCUUGGAAGAGGAGAUACUUGUCUUUUGCAGGUAGAUUGACCUUAAUUAAGUCUGCAUUGUCAAGUUUACCAGUGUAUUUCCUAUCCAUCUUUAAAAUGCCUGUUGGUGUUGCCAAAACAAUUGAUAGGAUUCAAUCUAAUUUUUUGUGGGGAGGUUCUGACAUUAAAAAGAAAAUUCAUUUAGUUAAGUGGCAGGAGGUGUGUCAAAGUACAGCUCAAGGGGGGUUAGGUGUGAGAAGGCUGAGUGAGGUUAAUGUGUGUUUAAUGCUAAAAUGGUGGUGGAGGUAUGGUAGAGAGCAUAAAUCAUUGUGGAAACAGGUGGUCUGUUGCAGAUUUGGUGGUUUUGGGGGUAGGUGGACUCCAGAACCAGUGACUGAUGCCAUGAGUGCUAAGGAGAGUGAUUGGAAGUUAGCAUUUAGAAGACCACUUUUAGCUUGGGAGGAGGAGGAAGUUCAAAGGCUUCAUGUAUUUUUGUCAGAGGCACCAAAUCUAAAUCAGUUAUCUGAGGAUUCAUGCUUGUGGAUGGCUAAUCCUUUAGGUGUUUUUUCUGUGGCUUUAGUUGGGAAAAAGCUGCAGUCUCUUGGUGAGCCCAUGGUUAGCAUUUCAAAGUUCAUGUGGAGAAAUUUAGCACCUCCAAAGGCUCAGUUUUUCAGUUGGUUAGCUCUGGAAGGGGAGAUUGAAGACUAA